CAGGGCCUUUUCCUUCUCGUGGUCGGACAGGGCGGCGCGGAGCCACGUGGCGUCCCGGAGGCGGCCCCAGCUGGCCCGGCGUCCCACCUGCGCAGCCUGGCGGCUCGGCGUCCUGCGCCGUCCCCAGCCGGUCCGCCGCCCGCCGACUCCAAUGCGGGCGAGCGCGGUCUUCCUGGCCAUGUGGUCCGGGCCCAGCACUUUCGGUUCUCGGGGGAGACGGGCUCGGGAGCCGAGGAUCCUGUGCUGGAGAUCCGCGUCCCGCAGGUGCUCCGGUUCUCGACUGACUGGGUUGGGGUAGCGAAGCCGAUGGGGCCCUCAGCUCCUCGGCCUCAUGCUUCAGGUUGGCGUCCAGAGCCGCAGGUCCUGCACCCCCACUAUGGAAUGUACAUUUGGCCUUGUGCCGUUGUCCUGGCCCAGUACCUCUGGUUUCACAGAAGAGAUCUGCCAGGAAAGGCCGUCUUAGAGAUUGGAGCAGGAGUGAGCCUUCCAGGGAUCUUGGCUGCAAAAUGUGGUGCUGAAGUGAUACUGUCAGACAGUUCAGAGCUGCCUCACUGUCUCGAAAUCUGUCGGCAAAGCUGCCAGAUGAAUAACCUUCCACAGGUGGAUGUUGUAGGGCUGACUUGGGGUCACCUAUCUCAGGAUCUUUUGGCUCUACCACCACAAGAUAUUAUUCUUGCAUCUGAUGUGUUCUUUGAACCAGAAGAUUUUGAAGACAUUUUAAGUACAGUGUACUUUUUGAUGCAGAAGAACCCCAACGUUCAAUUGUGGUCUACCUAUCAGGUUAGAAGUGCUGACUGGUCCCUUGAAGCUCUGCUUUACAAGUGGGAUAUGAACUGUGUCCAUAUUCCUCUGGAGACUUUUGAUGCAGAUAAGGAAGAUAUAGCAGAAUCUGCGCUUCCAGGAAGACAUACUAUUGAAAUGCUAGUCAUCUCCCUUGGAAAGGGUCUCUGAAUUAUACCCAUAAGCUGUUAAGGAACAAUGUUGAUACAGGGAUCAGACCACCCUCAACUUCCUGGGAAAAUGAAAUGAGCUUGAAGAUGGACAGAUCUGCUGGUCUUAAGGCUAUACCACCAAGACUGCUAAUGGGGUAACAUUAACCAUGCAAACAAUUAAAGUACAUAUGAAUAAGGA